AUGGGUAGAGUAAUGAUUAUUGGAGCCAUUUCUUUAGCCAUCCUUUUCAUGGCAGCCACAGUUUGUAGCUCACGUAUCAUGACCAUCACCAUUUCUGAAGAUGCUGAGAACCCACAGACUCAAAGCUGCCAGCAGCAAAUUCAGCAGGCACAACAGCUACGCUCAUGCCAAGAGUUCCUAAGGCAGAAGGUCCAAUAUGAGGAUCAACAAAUCCCGCGUGAGGUUCAACAGUGUUGCAAUCAGCUGGAACAAAUACAAGACCCACAGUGUCGUUGUGAGGGAUUAAUGCAAGUGGUUCAACAAGAGGAGCAGACAGGCCAAGUGCAAGGAAGAAAAAAGCAGCAAAUGCUUCAGACUGCACAGAAUUUGCCUGGUUUAUGUAGACUUAGCCCACAGCGAUGUGAGAUCCAAACACUUCGCACCUUGUUUUAAUUAUGUUAAUAUAUAUAAGGCAUCUUAAUUUGCAACAAAUAUGCAAAUUAUAUAUGUAUUGCCUUUUAAUAAAAGAUCUAG